AGAUCAAUGCGUUUUGUACAGAGCGGAGGAAAGCUUGUUUUGAGGAAAACUCGCUUGUAGCUCCUUUUCUACAUCACUACGAAAGAAAAGAGGCGUCAAUUUUGUAGUAAAAAUAUUUUGCUCGUGAGUUCAGAAGUCAGAAGUGGAAUCUGUGAAUAUCUUGCCAACUUUACCAAACUCCGAAUCAAAGAGUAAACACGGUGUAAAUAAGAGAUGUAUCGUGGCGUGCAGAAACCUUCUUUGAUUGUAACGGGAGUUUUAGCAAGAGUGCAGAAGUAACGACAGCUCCAUGCAUUGUGUUCGGAACGCUCUUUGCUUUUGUUGUGUUUAGACAGAACACAGCAUUCACAGAUUGGGUUUCAUGCUUGCAUCGGCCACUUACACCCCGCAAAGCGUCAGGAGUGUCACCAAACAAGCUUCAUGUAUUCGUGUUGUUUCUGCAGGCAGAGAUUGAUGGAAGACAGGUCGAGGCACAUGCGACUGAGAGAAUGGCUCAUAGCGCAGAUAGACAGCGGUGAAUACGCUGGACUGAGCUGGGAAAAUGAGGAGAAAACCAUGUUCAGGAUUCCCUGGAAACACGCGGCCAAACAGGACUACAGACAGAACCAGGACGCCGCGCUGUUUAAGGCAUGGGCCAUGUACAAGGGUAAGUUUCAAGAGGGCAGGGACAAAGCAGACCCCUCUACGUGGAAAACGCGUCUGCGCUGUGCCCUCAACAAGAGCACAGACUUCCAGGAGGUUCCUGAGCGCAGCCAGCUGGAUAUCUCUGAGCCGUACAAGGUCUACCGGAUCCUGGACGACACAGGGAGAGCUGCAGACCCUGCUGGAAUAUCACUGGACAGUGACUGCAGCAAAGCCUUGAGAGACACACAUCUGCCCAUGCAGCAGGACAGUUCGCUUGGUGACUCAAACAAAGCUGCUGGAUGGAGUGUGAAUGGCAGGGCGUAUGCGUGUCCCAGCACAGGCACUAACUCCAUUCCUCUAUACCCGUCUCAGGUCUCCAUAACUGACUACCGCCUGGAGGUGCGCUUGUUCUAUCACGGUAACCUGGUGCAGAAUCUCGUCACUACGUCUCCAGACGGCUGCUUCAUUCUGCAGGGCUGCACUCCGGUGGGGAACGAGCGCAUCUACGGGCCUUGUGAAGCCAAGAAGGUCUUCUUCCCCUGUCCAGACAUCAUACACCUGCCCCCGGGCAUCUCCGAAGCCAUGACCCGUCUUCUGCCGCACCUGGAGAAAGGUGUGCUGGUGUGGGUGGCCCCAGAUGGUGUGUUCAUCAAGCGCUUCUGCCAGGGCCGCGUGUACUGGGACGGCCCUCUGGCAGAGCACAGACAGAAACCGAACAAACUGGAAAGAGAGAGGACCUGCAAACUCCUGGACAUGACCAUCUUCAUGCAAGAGUUACAAAACCACCGGCAGGGCACUGGUCCCGAGCCACAGUACACAGUGGACCUGUGCUUCGGAGAGGAGUUCCCUGACCCCAGCCAGCCAAAGACCAAGAAGCUCAUCACUGCACAAGUGAUUCCUCUGUUUGCUGUAGAGUGUCUCCGCAGGCAUAAUGCACCUAAUAAUGUGGAGAUGAAGCAAUCACCGCCACACAGGAAAACCAAUGAAUAAACAUACCUUAAUCAGAACAGCACACGUUUCACCAUCCCUGUGUAGGAAUUCACCAACAAUGACAUGAAUAAAUUACAAUUAUAAUAAUAAAAUAUUAAUAAUAAAAAUAGAAGUGUCUGUAUCUAACAUCAGUAGAAAGAAUAAAU